GGCGCCAUUUCGGGGAGCAGCCGCCGGUGCCAGAGCCGGGGCCCAGCCCGGGUCCGGGGACCGCCCGCCACGGUCGCGCUGCCCCUCGCCGCCUGCCGCCCUGGGGCUGGCCGAGCGGCGCCGUCCAUCUGAGGUUUAGACGCCUGGAGAGGGCUCCUGAGCCCUCGGGCCCAUCCCCCACCGUCAGCGCAGCCAGCGCCGGAACCGGGAGCCACCGCCGCCGCCGCCGCCGCUGGACCUCGGGCGCCCGAACGAGGACAGCACCCGCCCGCGGCGCAGGUGUCCUGAAAAAUGGCUGAUGAUAUUGAUAUUGAAGCAAUGCUUGAAGCUCCUUACAAGAAGGAUGAGAACAAAUUGAGCAGUGCCAAUGGCCACGAAGAACGCAGCAAGAAGAGAAAAAAGAGCAAGAGCCGAAGUCGAAGCCAUGACAGGAAGAGGAGCAGAAGUAAGGAACGCAAACGGAGCCGAGAUCGGGAAAGGAAAAAGAGCAGAAGCCGGGAAAGGAAACGGAGCAGAAGCAAAGAACGCAGACGCAGCCGUUCUAGAAGUAGAGAUCGCAGAUUCAGAGGCCGCUAUAGAAGUCCCUAUUCUGGUCCAAAAUUCAACAGUGCCAUCAGAGGGAAGAUUGGUCUGCCUCACAGCAUCAAGUUAAGCAGACGACGCUCCAGAAGCAAAAGUCCCUUCAGAAAAGACAAGAGCCCUGUUAGAGAACCUAUUGAUAAUCUUACCCCUGAAGAGAGGGAUGCUCGAACAGUAUUUUGCAUGCAGCUGGCUGCAAGAAUUCGACCGAGAGACCUGGAAGAAUUUUUUUCUACAGUAGGGAAGGUUCGUGAUGUGCGAAUGAUUUCUGAUAGAAAUUCCAGACGUUCAAAGGGAAUUGCUUAUGUAGAAUUUGUUGAUGUUAGUUCAGUGCCUCUGGCAAUAGGGCUAACUGGACAGAGAGUCUUGGGUGUACCAAUCAUAGUACAAGCAUCACAGGCAGAGAAAAACAGAGCAGCAGCAAUGGCAAAUAAUCUGCAGAAGGGCAGUGCUGGUCCUAUGAGGCUCUAUGUGGGAUCAUUACACUUCAACAUAACUGAAGAUAUGCUUCGAGGAAUUUUUGAGCCGUUUGGCAGGAUUGAAAGCAUUCAGCUGAUGAUGGAUAGUGAAACUGGACGCUCAAAAGGAUAUGGAUUUAUUACGUUCUCAGACUCUGAGUGUGCCAAAAAGGCCUUGGAACAACUCAACGGAUUUGAGCUGGCUGGUAGGCCAAUGAAAGUUGGGCACGUAACUGAGCGCACUGACGCUUCCAGUGCUAGUUCGUUUUUGGACAGUGAUGAGUUGGAACGGACUGGAAUUGACUUGGGAACAACUGGUCGCCUUCAGUUGAUGGCACGACUUGCAGAAGGUACUGGUUUGCAGAUUCCCCCAGCUGCACAGCAGGCUCUGCAGAUGAGCGGAUCUUUGGCAUUUGGAGCUGUGGCAGAUUUGCAAACGAGACUAUCUCAGCAGAAUGAAGUUCUGGCUGCAGCUGCUUCUGUACAACCACUUGCAACACAGUGCUUCCAGCUUUCCAACAUGUUUAAUCCUCAGACUGAAGAAGAAGCUGGCUGGGAUACAGAAAUUAAAGAUGAUGUGAUUGAGGAAUGUAACAAACAUGGAGGAGUUAUCCACAUCUAUGUAGACAAAAACUCAGCUCAGGGCAACGUGUAUGUCAAAUGUCCUUCAAUUGCUGCUGCCAUUGCAGCUGUCAAUGCGUUGCAUGGGAGGUGGUUUGCAGGUAAAAUGAUUACAGCAGCGUAUGUACCUCUUCCAACGUACCAUAGCCUUUUCCCAGAUUCUAUGACUGCAACCCAACUACUGGUUCCCGUUCGACGAUGAAGAUGGAUUUAGUCAGUUUUGUACAUAGUUAUUUUUUGGAGGAAGAUUGAGUUAUCUUUUAUUUAGAUAAAACUAAAGGAAAGGAUUUAAUGUCAUUUUGUGUACACUUCCUGCUACCUUUAAAAAUAAAAUGAAGUAAGCAGAAAUGCAGUGUGUUCAUUCUCCCUAACUAGCAUUUCCACUGUAUACAAAGCUGUUGACUUCUUGUUCUGCCUUGUAAUUCUUGUACAUUUACUAAGGUGAUCUGUAGGAACUGAGAAGUAGCUCAUAGAAAACAAGUUCUCUCUAAAAGGCAGAUGGGACAUAAUGACAUUUUUAAUGUUUCACAAGCCUUUCUUUUAAUGCAGCAAUUACAUUUUACAUUUCACUAAAUGUAGGUGAUCUGCUAAAGGUUAAUACCAGAGAUAGACUUUAUGAAGGGACAUAUUUAGUGUUUUGUAUAAAUGGAAAAUUCAAAAGGCUACUGAAAGCUGACUCGAGACAGCCACUCAGCUUGCUUUGUGCUGAAUAAUUGGUAAGAAUAGAAGGAUUGAAGGGUUUUAUUUCUUGAUGGUAACUUUUGAUUAAUGUAUCUGUAAAAGUUUCUUUGUAAAUACUGUGUGAGGUGUGUCUAAGUUUCCAAACAAAACGAUCUCUGCAUUUCCAGAUAAGUUUCUAUGUCUGCAGUGUGGCACAGUUGAAGGAUUUCAGUCGAGUCUGAAAAUCGGUAGGAAAUACAGAAACGUGUUUUGUUCUGGUUGCAUAUAAUCUUUGCUCUUUUUAAGCUCUGUGAGCUCUGAAAUAUAUUUUUGGGUUACUUCAGUGUGUUUGACAAGACAGCUUGAUAUUUCUAUCAAACAAAGACUUUCAUAUUGCAACAAUCUUUGUAAGAACCACUCAAAUAAAAUUCUCUUAAAAAGGC